GCGAAUCGCAAAUACCAGGCACCUUUGUGGCUAAUCCUUAUUGUGGCUAGCUUCACACAAGUCCAGCAACCCAACCUAGGUGCCAGCGAGAGUAAACGGACGAGUCGACCUGGGUAAACAACAGUGGUCGCCUCGAAGAGGCAGGAAUGGGGACUUCAUCGAGGGCCCUGAUGGCAAAUAGAAUGUGUGUUUUAUCGUAGAAAAAACAGUAUGUAUUGCGUAGCGUGUUAAUAUGCCACAUAGAGCCAGGAAAAAUAUCAAGUAUUUUUCUCUCGGGUCUUUAGCCAGGCGCUGAUUUGUAACGACGUUGGUAUUGCCACGGGCCCACUUCGAUUUUGUUCCUGUUGUCAGUUUCACUACCCGGUGACUGUCGUUCGAUCGCGAUUUACUUGUGUCCCUUAUUUAAGUUCAYCCAGGACAUAUGCAAUUCAAAGGGAGCCACGAAAUAACACAGAAGCCCACUUUCAAGAGAGUACAGAACUAGGUUAGUUGCGGGCCCGCCAAUGGACCUAUAGGAGCUAGUGGAAGUUUAGUUGGCAUUGCGUCUGCGUGGACCAGGCAGCAUGAAGAGCGAGGUGCCCUCUGAGGCCCAGGGCAGACAGGAGCACCUGAAGGGUCCGCUGGCCAACCCAGAGCCCAUGGAGACAGCCAAGAGCUUCCCUGCCAACAUGGAGGUGAUCGGCAAGGCAGGCAGCGAGUUUGCACAGCUGUGUGCCGAGACUAGGCACCGGCCUCUAAGCCACACAGGGGCCCGCAGAGACCCAGACAGGGGCCUGCCCGGACGCAAAAAGCGCAAGAGCCAACAGCCAGGGCCUUCGGACUGCUCCCUGAAGGAGGGUCGUGUCAGUGAGGGCUCUCUUCCCCUUCAGCGCCACCAGCCAGAUCUCUUGGAGCGYCGCAGCGAGGACGAACGCAACCCAGAGUCCUCAUUCAGUGACUGUGCCUCCUCUCCCUCCUCCAGCCUGCGCUUCGGGGAUUCAGACACUCUGAGCUCAGAGGAAGAGGUUGAGGCUGGAGGGACAGGAGCAGCAGGGGGACCGCAGCCCCCACAGCAGGCGCCGGUCUCCACCACAGGGGGCGGGACAGGGGUGGGUCUGCGCACCAUUCUGGGUCGGACUCGGGGAAGCCGCUCUCAUAAGUGGGCACGGUUGGAGGUGGAGCCGGUGCUGCUGAAGCGGCCGUGUCUGAGCGGGCGGCGGCCACUGCAUAGGAAGCGGUUUGUGAAGCCUGGGCCCGGCGGCAUCCAGCGGACUCAGAAGCAGAAAGAGCGCCUUCUUCUCCAGAGGAAGAAGCGGGAGGUAAUCGCUCGCAGGAAGUACGCGCUGCUCCACAGCACCAGCAGCUCCAGUGAGGAGCUGACCAGCGAGUCAUCCUCACCCUCGUCCACAGAGGCAGAGGACGAGCUGUAUGUAGAUGGCAGCAGCAGCAGCCAGCCAAGCAGCGCAGCUGUGGCCACAGCCCCGCUGCCCAUGACAGCUGACACAGAGCAGUACCUCGCUAGCUGCUUUGCCUUUGUCCUACGCAGGUCUGCAAUCUGA